AUGGAGGUAAGGAAGGGAGGAGGGAAUGAGGGAAGGAGGGAAGGAGAGAUAGAGAGAGUGAGGAAAAGACGGCAGAAAGUGUGUGUGUGUGGGCGAGAGUAGUGUGUUCGUUGGUUGGUUUAGAGGGUUCCCUGGUCCUCUCUUCCUCCCUCUCUCUCUGUCUCUCUGGGUAGAGAGUAGUGGUGUGUGUGUGUGUGUGUGUGUGUGUGUUGUGUGUGAGUGUGUGUGUGUGUGAGUGUGUGAGUGUGUGUGUGUGUGUGUGUUUGGGGUAUCUCUGGGUGGAAGUGUGUUUGUGUGUGUCUCCUUCUCUCUGGGUAGAGACUUCCUGUCAGUAGACUUACCCAGAGAGCUCUGGUAAACAACUAUGUUCUCUGGUAAACAACUGUGUUCUCAUCUACAAUGUGCCUACGCACACACACAUACAACACCACACACACACAAACACACACACACACAAACACACACACAUACACACACUCACACAUACCACACACACACACACCAUACACACACACACACACAUACACACACACACACACAUACACGCACACACACAUACACACACACAUACACACACACUCACACAUACACACACACACAUACACCCCAACACUCACACAUACACACCACACAUACACAGCUAUACACACACACACACACGCACGCAACCAUACACCACCACACACUGUGCAUACACGUGCACACCAACCUUUCUGAUAAUGAUCUGAUUGAAAAAUGGGGUCGCAAUGUGACAUGUUGAAGAACUGGAGUGGCGAAAAGACGAAAAGAUGCAGUAGGAGAGAGAGAAAGAGAGAGAGGAUGAGAUGAGAAGAGGAGAGGAAGGGAGAGAAUAGAGAGAAGACGAGAGAGAGACGAGAGAGAGAGGAGGAUGAGAGAGAGAGAGAGAGAGAGAACGAAGAGAGAGAAAGCAGACCAAUGGAAGAGAGGUAAAGAUGGAGAGAAGAAGGGAGAUCCGUAAACUAUGUUUCCUGAGGAUGUGGUUUUCACUGGGGGAGAAGGGGAGGGGUGAGGAGGGAGGAGGAGGGGAGAGGGGAGAAGGGGAGGGGGGAGGAGGGAGGAGUGUCUCUGUGAUAGCAGUGUUACCCGAGUUAACUUUUGAUGGCCGACACCUGUGUGUGUGUGUGUGUGUGUAAUAGAGAGAGAGAUAAAAAAAAGUGUGUGUGUAUGUGCACGUGUUUGAGAUAUUUUGAGACCUUGUUUUGUUUGUGGAACAAACAAAGAUAUAAACUUAUCAAGACAGAAAAAAAGACAAGAAACAAGGAAGAAACAUCAAAGAUAAUAUAGCUGCAUGAAAAGUGAAGAAAGAUGCCUAAAACUUAGUAAGAACGUAAUCGCCACACUUCCUCCCCGCUCUCUCUUCCUCCUUUCUCUCUCUCUCUCUGUCUCUGAGUCAUACUAUCUUAACUUAACCUAAUUACAAUAGUAGAGAGAGAGAGCGAGCGAGAGAGAGAGAGCGAGAGAGACAGAGAGAGGAAGCAAGAAGCUGUGCAUUGAUGGGUUGUUGAUUUGAACUGAUAUAAUGACCCUGUUUCUAUAGGCCAUUUUCAGUGUGUGAUAUUUGUACUAUGGCACCAUGGCACUAAGUGUUAUUGACUGAGUCAAAGUUGGGACUGUGUUUUCUCACUAGCGAAGAUUGUGGUUUUUGUAUUUGUUCCUGCUUCUCUAGGUAAGUUUACAUAUUAGGCCAACAGAUCGAUUGCCAGUGGUGGAAAAAGUACUCAACUGUCACACUUGAGUAAAAGUAAAGAUACCUUGAUAGAAAAUGACUCAAGUAGAAGUGAAAGUCAUCCAGUAAAUAUACUUAAGUAUCAAAAGUAAAUGUAAUUGCUAAAAUAUAUUUAUGUAACAAAAGUGAAAGUAUAAAUCAUUUCAAAUUCCUUAUAUUAAGCAAACCAGACGGCACAAUCUUCAUGCUUUUUUCAUUUACAGAUAGCCAGGGGCACACUCCAACACUUAAGAAACGAAGCAUGUGUGUUUAGUGAGUCCGCCAGAUCAGAGGCAGUAGGGAUGACCAGGGACGUUCUCUUGAUAAGGUGCGUGAAUUGGACAAUUUUCCUGUCCUGCUAAGCAUAACAAAUGUAACAAGUACUUAUGGGUGUCAAGGAAAAUGUAUUGAGUAAAAGGUACAUUAUUUCCUUUAGGAACGUAGUGGAGUAAAAGUAGAAGUUGUCAAAAAAUAUAAAUAGUAAAGUACAGAUACCCCAAAAAAACUAUUAAGUAGUACUUUAAAGUAUUUUUAUUUAAGUACUUUACACAACUGUCGAUUGCAUGUUUAGAUUAGAAAUAUACUCUUAAUGUACUGCAUGUUCUCUUCUCUCUCUUCUCUUUCACUACCCCUAUCUCUUUACCAGGGGUGUAAAGUACUUAAGUAGAAAUACUUUAAAGUACUACUUAAGUCGUUUUUUGAGGGGGUAUCUGUACUUUACUUUACUAUUUAUAGUUUUGACAACUUUUACUUUUACUUCACUACAUUCCUAAAAACACUAAUGUACUUUUUACUCCAUACAAUUUCCCUGACACCAUAAAGUACUCGUUACAUUUUUGAAUGCUUAGCAGGACAGAAAAUGGUCCAAUUCAAAUACUUAUCAAGACAACAUCCCUGGUCAUCCCUAAGGCCUCUGAUCUGGCAGACUUGUAAAUUAUGUCUGAGUGUUGGAGUGUGCCCCUGGCUAUCCGUAAAAUUUUAAGGAAUUUAAAAUUAUUAAUAAUUUUACUUUUACUUUGGAUAUUUAAGUAUAUUUUAGCAAUUACAUUUACUUUUGAUACUUAAGUAUAUUUAAAACCUGUCACGAUCGUCAUACAUAGAGGACCAAGGCGCAGCGUUGAAGGUGAACAUGUUUAAUAAUAAUAAUGAUGAUGAUCAACCGAUCAGAACAACAAACGAAUAACGUGACGUCUACGGUUUAACACAAACCGAAAUGAACAAAAACCCACAACACCCACAGGAAAACAUACAGAUUAAAUAUGGCUCCCAAUCAGAGAUAACGAGCCGACAGCUGACACUCGUUACCUCCGAUUGGGAGUCACUGACCAAACAUAGAAAUGCACCCAACAGAAAUACAAACAUAGAAAUACACCCAAAUAAUGAACACACCCUGGCUCACUAUACAGAGUCCCGGAGCCAGAGCGUGACAGUACCCCCCCCUAAAGGCGCGGACUGCGACCGCGCCUCAAUCCGGGCUAAACAAGGGAGGGCUGGGUGGGCACACCUCCUCGGCGGUGGCUCUGGCUCCGUCCUUGAUCCCCACCUCCUCUCCAACCCCCCAAAGUACCCCUGGUCCUGUCCAGCCCCGCUGGCCGGAGCCGGACCGACGACACGCGCCCCUGGCCUGAUGCGUGGAGGAGGAACGGGCCGGACCGGGCUGACGACGCGCACCACUGACCUGGUGCGGGGAGCUUGGAUGGGCCGAACUGGGCUGGCGACGCGCACCACAGACUUGGUGCGGAGAGCAGGAACGGGCCGGACAGGGCUGACGAAACGCACCACAGACUUGGUGCGGAGAACAGGCACGGGCCGUGCCGGACUGACGCCGCACCCCACUGGCUUGGUGUGGGGAGCAGGAGCGGACCGAGCCGGGCUGUCGAAGCGCACCCCUGACUUGGUGCGGGGAGCAGGAACGGGACGAGCCGGGCUGGCGACGCGCACCACAGACCUGGUGCGGAGAGCAGGAACGGGCAGAGCCGGGCUGACGAGACGCACCACAGACUUGAUGCGGGGAGCAGGAAUGGGCCGGACUGGGCUGGCGACGCGCACCACAGACCUGGUGCGGAGAGCAGGAACGGGCAGAGCCGGGCUGACGAGACGCACCACAGACUUGAUGCGGGGAGCAGGAACGGGCCGGACUGGACUGACGACACACACCACUGGCUUGGUGCGGGAAGCUUGGAUGGGCCGGACUGUACUGGGGACACACACCACUGGCCCCACACCGGGAUCUGGAACGGGCCGGACCGGACUGGCAACACACGCCAGUACCUCUCGCCGUGCCUCCACUUCCUCCAUCCCCUCUUUGACCAGUGGCCCCCGUAACCCGGCGGCCUUCUCCAGCAACCCACUGGGCCGCUCUAUCGCGGCCUCCUGCUGGUCCGACGUCUCGAGCCCCCCCCUAAAAAUUUUCGGGGCGUCUCUCCUACCCGUGGACCAGGUCUCCAUAGACCUCGCCAGCCUCUCGCCCUUCUGCCAUAGCGUCAAGCCCUUGUCUUCCUCCCUCGGCUUGACCCAGUCCAGGAGGCGAAGGAGAUCUGUGAGGGAUCUCCCUGGCGAUGGCUCCUGGACACGCUGCUUGGUCCCAUCUUGGUGGGUUUUUCUGUCACGAUCGUCAUACAUAGAGGACCAAGGCGCAGCGUUGAAGGUGAACAUGUUUAAUAAUAAUAAUGAUGAUGAUCAACCGAUCAGAACAACAAACGAAUAACGUGACGUCUACGUUUUAACACAAACCGAAAUGAACAAAAACCCACAACACCCACAGGAAAACAUACAGAUUAAAUAUGGCUCCCAAUCAGAGAUAACGAGCCGACAGCUGACACUCGUUACCUCCGAUUGGGAGUCACUGACCAAACAUAGAAAUGCACCCAACAGAAAUACAAACAUAGAAAUACACCCAAAUAAUGAACACACCCUGGCUCACUAUACAGAGUCCCGGAGCCAGAGCGUGACAAAACCAAAUACUUUUAGACUUUUACUCAAGUAGUAUUUUACUGGAUGACUUUCACUUUUACUUGAGUCAUUUUCUAUUAAGGUAUCUUUUACUUUUACUCAGGUAUGACAAUUGUGUACUUUUUCCACCACGGCUAUUUACCUCUUCUCCCUCUUUAUAACCCCUGUCUUUUCCCCUUGUUCCAUCUCCUUCCCUCCUUCCCUCCUUCCCUCCUUCCCUCCUUCCCUUUUUCCUAGACUCCUUCCCCCCCCUUUUUUCUAGAGUCCUAAAGAACCACCAUGUCUGCUCCGGCACCUCUUCAUCUUUGUCACUAAUGGUCCCUCUAUCCCAGCACAGAACACACCCAGAGAGACUACACCAUGGCUGACCGAACAUCCCUCCAACCUCCAACCCCACAGUCUUACCAGGACCCAUACCUCCAGCAUCACACCCACCUCUCCCACCACCUCCACCCCAGCAUCGGGAGCCCCGGCCUGGGCCACACAUCCUGCCACCAACCCCUGGAGCCCCAGACUCCCCUGGAGCAAUAUAGAGGGACUGGAAUAGAGGCAGCACCCAGGACCACUCUCCCUGAGUCAAGCCCCUAUUCUGGGGAGAGUAGGGACAGUUACAAGGGUGGGGGUGAUGGAAGAGGAGGUUAUGUAGACAUUCAUGGACAUAGCAGAGGUGAUAACUGUAUUGAUUUUGAUGGUAGGGAUGGUUGUUUUGGAGCGCAGAAAGCUAGCUUCUGUAAUAGGGGCAGCCAUUUUGAAGGUCAGAGCCUUGGCUAUGCUAGCCAGAAGGAUGAGGGCUGCGAUGGGGAUGACAGCAGCGUCAGCGGUAGUGGGGGUGAUAUUUACCACAGAACGGAUGAGGGCUGUAACAGGGAUGAUGUCAUUCACAGAACGGAUGAAGGCUGUAACAGGGAUGACUUCUUUCACAGAACGGAUGAGGGCUGUAACAGGGAUGAUGUCUUUCACAGAACGAAUGAGGGCUGUAACAGGGAUGAUGUCUUUCACAGAACGGAUGAGGGCUGUAAGAGCAGUAGGGAUGAUGUCUUCUACAGCAACAGUAGAGAUCAUGGGUGUGAGGAGAAAACGGAUGAGGGGUCGAACACCAGGGAUGAGGUCUUUCACAGAACGGAUGAUAUCAGGAAUGACAUCUUUCAAAGAACGGAUGAGGGCUGUAACAGGGAUGAUGUGUUCUACAGAACGGAUGAGGGCUGUAACAGGGAUGAUGUGUUCUACAGAACGGACGAGGACUGUAGUAACAGGGAUGAUGUGUUCUACAGUAGAGAUUAUGUGUGUGAGGAGAGGGGAGAUGGUAAUAGUGAUUAUAGAGACACCACUACCGGUAGCCAUGAUGGUGGAAGUAAUACUAUAACUGGUCAUCUCUAUAAUGGUACUGAUAGCUUUGGCAAUAGGGUUGAUGAUACAGGAAAGCGGGAUAGUUUGAGAAGGGUUGAUGAUUUUGGAGGAGGCUGUGAUGAUUUUGGGGUUAGAAGGUCGAACCUGGAUCCUCUAGAGGCCCAGUUGAAGCCUGGAUGUUGGGUGGGUCCCUCUCACCCAGAGCGGGGUGCUGUGGCUGGGGAGGGAAGGGAGAGGGGUGGGGGGUACCCCCAGGACUGGGCCUUUCUAUACUCCCAUUCCCAGGCAGCAGGUGGUGCUAGUGGUGCUAGUGGUGGUGGUGGUGGUGGGGUGUACCAGCAGAAACUGGACUCCUUCUCCGAGGCAUUCUCCUUCAGACGCAACAUCGCUGGCAGCAGAAUUCUGAAUGGGAAUUCCGGAAGUGGGAUUUUCGGAUUCGGAGUGGGAGGAGGAAGCACGGGACGGCUCAAAACGAGUGCUUACGAUUCGCACACAGACUCUUCCACUCUUCCUUCCCCUCCUCCUCCUCCUCCACCUCCCACACCCCUCCCCCCUCAUUCACUCUCCCCUCCCAAACUCACCCUACCCCCCUCUCUCAGGACAGUUGGACUCACCCAGACCACAGGGGUGGGUUGUAGUGGAACAGUCCAGUUUUACCCCUCCUCUCUCCAGCCACUCCACUCCUCCAACCCCUCGGCCGUCAUGUGGAAGCUCCCGCUCUCUCAUUGGCUGCAGCAGUCAGGUGACGUGGGUGUCGUCGAGGGCAACCCGUCAAGCUCCGGCUACGUAUACUGCCAGGAGGCGGUGUUUACUGGGAGACAGGUUCACCAGGACAAUGGGUAUAAUGCAGGUAUGGUGCUGUGUGGAAGAGUGUUCCACAUCAGUUAUAAUAAUAAGCCAUUUAGCAGACGCUUUUAUCCAAAGCGACUUACAGUCAUGCGUGCAUACAUUUUUGUGUAUGGGUGGUCCCGGGGAUCGAACCCACUACCUUGGCGUUACAAGCGCCGUGCUCUACCAGCUGAGCUACAGAGGACCACCAUAUGUUGUAACAUGUGUCCAGUCUCCUCCUUACCUUCCCCUCUCUCUUCUGCUCACAGGUCACUAUAGUCUUCAAACUCCGGUAGAAUCAUCCUUUGCCUCACCCCUUCAUCCAUCCCUCCACCCCUCCUCUCUUCCAUCCCAGCCCCCCGGUGGACUCCCACAGAAUGGAAAAGCACCCCUGGUGGUGUAUAGAGGUACUCCCUUCCCCAGUCUGCUGCAGUCUAGUAGAGGAGGAGGGCGGCAGAAGGGAGUGGAGCGGUUUGGGAGAGGGCUCCCCUACACCCCUCUGCCUAUGCUGAAUCCCAGACGCAGGGGAACGGGGAUCCUAUCCUCCCUCAUGCCCCCUUCGGCCGGGGAACGAGCGAUGGGAAGGAUGACUGAAGAGGAGGAGGGAUAUUCUAUACUUCCGUGAGUUUGGAUGGACAGAGCAUUAGUUUGAUUCUUUCUUCUUCUGUCGCUCGUUAGUUUGUUUGCUCGUUCAUUUCUUCUUUCAUUCGUUCAUUCAUUGAUUCAUUUAGUCGUUCAUUUGUUAAUUCAUUGAUUCAUUUUCCAGGUGUAUCAACGUGGGUCCAGGGUUCCAGGCUGAGCUACCAUGUUGUCUAGAGAGGGAGGAGGGGUCAAGGACAUGGCCAGAGGAAUCAUCAUCCAAUGAGGAGUUGCUCUGGAAACCAUGGGAGGAGCUUGGGAAGAGUUCUGUCAUCCAGGACCAA